CGGCAGCCGGCCACGUCACCAUGAGCUCCCAACCCCGCCGCAUCCGUCUGAAGCCCUGGCUGGUGGCGCAGGUGAACAGCGGGCAGUACCCGGGACUUCGUUGGGUGGAGCCGGAACGCAAGCAGUUCUGCAUUCCGUGGCGCCACGCCACAAGGCACAUCCCCACCCAAGAAGACGAGAACACCAUUUUUAAGGCCUGGGCGAAAGAGACCGGCAAGUACAAUGAAGGGGUGGACGAACCGGAUCCCGCCAAGUGGAAAGCCAACUUGCGCUGCGCCCUCAACAAGAGCCGGGAGUUUAACCUCAUCUACGAUGGGACCAAGGAGACGCCCAUGCAGCCGUACAAGAUCUACGAGGUUUCUGAUGUGCCGCAGCCCAAUGGAGAGUCCUUUGCUGGAGAUGAGCAGGCCGGAGGUGAAGAGGAGGAAGAGUUACAGAAGAUGAUGCCAACGCUGAAUAUUGCAGAUUCCGGACACGUCGUGGAGCCGCGGCCCCCGUACCCGUGGCUGAAGCAAGAAAUCCCAUACCGCCACUCUUGCGCCAACGGGCCUUUCCCGCACUUGGGGCCCCAGGAAGUCCCGGGCGUGUCUCCUCCACCUCCUUCCGUCGGCCCGCCCUCGGCCUUUGCAGCCGGAGGGGAGUCGGCCGCACCAAACUUCGCCGAAACAGCCAGCAGGAUGCCGCUGGCCCCUCUCGUCCCCGGGGCCGCGGAGGCCCUGCCCCAGGCGGUCUGUGCCAUAGCCUCCGCGGAGCACUGGAUCCCUGACUUGCUGAUCAGCCCCCAUAUGCUGCCAC